UGCUGAUCCAUUUAUUGCGUAAGGCGCCGACCCCACAGCAAAUCAUUGCAUCUCCGACUCUGAGAAAAGGUUGGACGUCUUUGCUCUUCAUUUGCCCAUGCCAGAACCAUCUGAGAUGCCGAGUACGUCGAAGCCUGUUUUACGGCUUAAUUUCCCUCCUGGUGCUCAACCUGAUAUAAUCCGAGCAAAUCAGAAGGAUGUAUACUAUCAAACCAUUCUGCAGGAACAAAUGUCGAGUGUUGUUCAGCAAUUCUUUGGAUCACGGCGACAGCAUCAGUGGCAAAAAGAGGUUCACACACUGUCUGAUUUUUGCUACUACGGUUUAACGACACUGCUCGGCAGUCAGACCUUAGGUGAAGAGUAUUGCGAUCUUUUACAGAUCAAUCAGUAUACGAAUACGUUUCCGGGUUUGAUGCGUCGUGCAAGUCUGGUAUUUGCACACACACUGCUUCCGUAUAUUUAUGUGCGGGGAAUUGCGGACCUCAAGAAACGCCAACGCCACCGUGGGCACCAAACGUCUCAGUCUAGCUCAACAUGGAGAGAUCGCGUGGGCAACUUUGUACAAAAGCAACUGCCUAUUAUUCAGGAGUUCUUUAUUCAAAAUGUAAAACCGGUGCAUCUGGCUAUCUUUUAUUUCGUUGGCGCGUAUUAUAAUUUCUCAAAACGCGUGACAGGAAUACGAUAUAUUUUCACGCGGCAAUUGGGCCCUCACGAAGAGCGAGUAGGAUAUGAGGUGCUCGGGGUAUUGAUCGUUGUCCAGUUGGCGAUUCAAACGUUCCUGGCGAUUCGAAAACGAGUAGCGACAGCUCAACAGCGAAAGCAAUUGGAAGCACAGCAGGUUCUGGAAACUAAGCUGGAAAAGGAGCAGACAGAUAAAGCCGUUAUCAUUGCUGAAGAGGACGACUUUGACUUUAUGAAUGCAUUCGAAGAAGAGGGUGAAGAAGACGAAAAGGAGUUAACGUACGAAGAAAUGCAGCUACUCAAGUGCGCUUUGUGUCUCGAGCCUCGUAAGGUGACAACAAGUACGCCUUGUGGUCAUCUGUUUUGCUGGAGUUGCGUGAUCGAGUGGUGUCAAAACAAAGCUAUUUUCAUGUGGAAUUCGUCGACUAACCAAACAAAUUGUUUUGUUUGCCUUCUUUUCUUGUUCGUUAAUAGCCGGAAUGUCCCCUGUGUCGAAGCACUGUCAAUAUCUCACAUUUGAUACCAUUGCAUAACUUUUAGAAUGUAAAAGAAAACCAGAGAAGAAAAGACUGUGUAACUGUAUGAUGAUAAAUACAACAAAGUCGCGGGAAGUCAACGACUAGUUUGCGGGACGCAUAUGGAACAAUUCCCCUCUUUUCCAUCCGAAUUUGCUGCGGAAAAAAUUUAAUGACGAGAACGGAAAAUUUAUGGACCGAUCCGGUAACCAUGAACUAGGUUAUGCGAAAUGAACUCAUUGUACCGCCUUCCAUUAUUGUUCUUCAUCUACUUACUUUGAUUAUUUUAUUACCGAAUACAUCACGGAUUGCAAUUAUGAC